CCUCCGAGGAUCAUUCUCGGUUUGUGGCUUGAAGCGAACGGACAGCGGAAGAAAAAAUUUAAAGUGUUGAAAAAAAGAUUAUAAUUUUUUAUAACAUUUAAAAAAAAGCCGUUUGAUUGAAAAUUUAGUGCAAGACAACUUUAUUGAAGAUCGUUUGGGAAUUUACGCAGGAGUUCCUGAAAUAUUUCAAGGAUUUUUCGCUGACGAACCUAUAUUCGGAUUUUUGUGUGGAAGGAAAAUCGAUAGUCCUUAAACCCGCGCGCAAACCAUCAAGUCUAGCGAAAAUGUGCGACCCGUGCUGCUCUCCCUGUGAUCCUUGCUAUCCCUGCUAUCCUUGCACGCCCCGCUCCGCCUCCUAUCUCAACUGGUGGAAACGUCCCUUGAUAGUAUUCGAUAGCACCACUACAUUGCACCACAGCUGGAAUUUGCGCCGUAAAGAACCGAACAUUCCGGAUAUUCGCUACGAAGAAAUGUAUUGCGGGGUUCAACGAAUCUACGGUUCCUGUCCACCUCCUUGCGCCAACGGAAGCCUUUGUGAUCCAUGCGCUCCUAAGACCUAUGCGGCACAUGACCUAAACUGCAUGCCCCAGUGCAUGAGCGUCUGUCCCCCCGUGCAAUGUGGUCCUCGUUUCAUCACCGUCCAGCAGCCUCCACGGGUCAUUGCACAGCGAAAACUUAUCAACUGUUGCCGCACCGUAGUCGAUAAGCACGUGGUUCCCCGCAACAAAACAAUCGUUGAGCCUAAAAUCAUCUAUCAGCCACGUACUUACAUAGAACCUUGCAUUAUCUAUCGGAAGCGAGUGGUCCCGGAUCCCAAAAUCCUGUACUAUAAACGCAUCGUGCCAGAUCCGAAAAUCGUCUGUACUCCACGCACCAUUACUGAACCGAAAGAAAUCUGCACAACAAUGGUGUGCCAACCGAAACCACAGCAGAUCCAGAUUCCUCCACCACCGGCUUAUUGCUGCAUACCAACGUGCACUGGCUUUGCCGAUUCGCCUGCAUGCUCUCCGUGUGAUAGACCGGCCAAGCGAUGCUAGGAAGCAGUUGUGGGAACGAGACGAGUUAAGGUACCGGCCAGAGCCUGCAAAAGCCGCGAACUGCGUGGGGGAGUGCUGAUAUACACCUGCGAGUGCCUGAAACGUAAUGGUCUUCAACACGAUUGUCCCCGUUCUCAAUGCAUGGGAAAACCAUGCUGUUUAACCAAACCGGAAGCUACAUGCUGCCCGUCGACCUAUGCCCGGCGCUUCCGCUUUGUCACUAUGGGCAACAAGAGCAACCCAAUUUGCCCUAAACGAUGCCGUGUGAGCACCAUUGGAAGCGGCUGCAACCCGUGUGGAAUGGAUUGUUUCUCAUGUGGACCUUGCGGACCAUGUGGACCGUGCGGACCAUGUGGCCCUUGUGGACCUUGUGGCCCAUGUGGACCGGUUUGUGAUCCCUGCUGUGGUCCAGUGUGCGAUCCAAGCUGUCCUCCAGUGUGCGACCCUUGCGGUUGUGUUCCUCAAGGUGACUGCGGACCGUGUGGAGCUCCAACACCCAAUUGUAUGCCAUGCUAUGAUCCUUGCACACCCAGCGUUCCCCCUCCAUGUGGAGAGCUGUGCCCGCCCUACCCUGCCUGUGGAACUUGCUGCUAGUCAACGCACCUAUAUGUAAGCUGAAACACCCUGCGAUCGAUAGCUGUAGAUAACCGCCACCAUUUUGCGACAAUUAACAUCUUUAGUGCCAAUCAUUUGACAUAGUCAUGUUAUAGUACUCCCUGUUGUAGGUUUGUUUAAACUCGUUGACUAGAAAAAAAAAUAUUUUCAACUCGCAUCAACCAAAAUAAUCAUACAUCGAUAAAUAAUCGUUAAAAUGUCAACUAACCAACAGUUUGUAAAAUCCUGUGCACAGAAUCACAUUCUCGCCGCACUAAAAUCGAGAUCAAAUGAAUAAUCAAUAAAGUUGUUUGUACUGUAUAAAAAAA